AUCCCUCCCUUUCCCCAGGGAUCCGCAGCGGCUGCACAGCCCCUGGUGAAGGGGAGGAGGGGGGGGGGGGGGGGGGGUAGAUGGAACAGUACAGCAAUUCCGCUCACGUACUGUGGACAGGGCACCUGCUGGGAAAGGAGCCCCUGCAGCCUUCACCAGUCUCACUUCACAAUCCGGAGGGCUGUGCUGGGGGAAGGCAGACCUUUUUUUUUAAGGGGAGAAAGAAGCACACUCUCGGAUGUGAGCUCCAGUGCACGCUAAAGCAAUUAAAUACCAUUUUACGUGUGACUUGGAGUGGGAAUGGUUUAGCACAUCCCUUGAUUGAAAGUAUGAUGUUCACUGAGAAGACUAACACUGCUGUACCUCAGAAGCCUGGACAGAAGAAGACAAGACCUCAGGGUCUUCCAUCUCCAGCUCUGUGUUGUGCCUGUGGCCUCUGCAUCAUGUUGGCAGGAAUUAACAUAACUCUUGUGGGAGCCUUUGCAUUUGGUACCUUCUUACCAGUGAACAAUCCCCCCAUCAUUAUUGGGCCCAUCUUGCUAGUGGUUGCCUUCACCUUCUUUGCAGCCUGUUGCAUCUGCAGUCGGAGACCUCCAGCUCAUGGCCAGAGGAAGUCCAAACCUGGCUCCAAUAUUGGCAUCAUUAAGCCGGGCCAUGCCACAUUUGAGAUUGAGACCAGUGAGCAUACAGUGCAAGACACGACUGCAGUCCAGCUCAGCCCCACAAACUCACCAGUGUCUUCGAAGAAAUCCACUCCAGUCCAUGAAAACUCAAAGACAUGCAAACUGUUCACAAUGGAUGCCAACAAUCCUGGAGCCAAGUAUACAGCUGGUGCUGAGGCGAUACAACUGAACCUUCCCCGUGACUUGGGCUCAUCAUCAUAGAACUGGAUUGAGCUCUGAGUCCAAAACUACCCUCACUGUACAAUGUCAUGGCAAAGUCUUUUGAACUGUCCACCAGCGGAAACUUGUUGUUAAGUUUGAACAACCAAUGCUGCAGACUAUAUUAAUCUACUGUUCUGUAUGAACUGCAUUCACCUUCAUUUUUACAGGUUCUGUUACUUGAACAGUGAUAUUUUAAAUCUCCUGCUGUUUUCUGAGAGCAAAAUGCACAAGACAGAAGUUAUUCAAAAAAAAGUUUAUUUUUAAAACUGAACAGUGAAAUUUGACAGCAAAAGCACUGUCUGAUAGUAACUUCACUAAGCCCCAAAACAUGAGACAGUUGCAAGCAUCUGUGCAAAUUGCAGGCAACAUGAUGCGAAAUCAAUUGGUUGAGAAGUGUAAAGAGCAUAAACAUUAUAUCAAAAGUAUUUUGUCACAAGUAAAGAGUUUUGUUACCAGACGUCCUUUUUUUUACCCAUGCCCACUCCACCCUCAAAAAAAAAUUGGGAUGCAGUACAGGGAACAUUUGUUUUAAUUCAGACAAAACUCAUUCAAUAACGUACUUUGAGAAGCUUAAUUUUGUGAACAGAGAUACAUAUUUUGGCAAAACCCAAUUCUCCCCAUAUACCUCAAUUCUCUUCUGGAUCUGUUUCAUUGAUUUAAGCACUGUAUAAGGGCUCACAUAGUGCUGACAUAAUUAAACUGUGAGACCAAGGGUAGAAGUAUUAAGGGCAGGAGGAUUAUGACAAUAUAUUUGCUUUAUCUAUCUCUCCCUUUUUUGGGGGGGGUAACAAAAACAGUUGGAGUUCUAUCAAGGAGGUAGCUUGAAGGAAUGUGAAUUGUCCAAUGUAUACAAUUGCCUAAAGUAAGAUUGUGAGAUGAACAAUACUACAAAUUGGAAAAGAAGUGAAAAACAAGUAUUAGUUACCUGCUAUUGUUAAUCAGCUUUAAAAUUGUAAUUAUGAGUUAUGUAUUUAUCAUGAAUGAAAUGGAGGGAAUGUUGUGAAAAUGCCAGGAAAUUUUGUUUUGUUUAUUUAACUACUUCUGGAGAAACCUGUACCGAUCAUGUCAUUGCGUAAGAUGUAUUAUCUGUUCAUUGUAUUCGUUAACAUAGAAACAAUUCCAAAUAAAUGUUUUCUUGUAUCUGUAAAGUACAACUAGACAUAAAGUAUUUGUGUAGAAGAUGGAUUGAAUGGGAGGACUCUAAUUAAAGUCUAUUACUUACAUUGACUGAGUUUUAGUAAGGAACAGUACUAUUUUAAAAAGUAAUGGAAAAACCCAAAAUGUGGACAUACUUUGUGCUCAAUGCAAUAAAGAGUGGGAG